GUGAUACAACAACUGAUAUAACAAUUAUCCGGAAUAGAAUUUCAAGUAUUGAUCUUCGCUCGAAAUAUAGUGCAAACUCAUUAAAAUUAGCUAGCAAUCUGUGUUGUGCGAUUGACUUUCAAUUGAAAAACAAAAAAUUGCUCAUUGGUAGUUUAUAUAAUGCCAUUUAACCAGCUUAUAACUGCAGCAAUGGUUGUUGCUGUUUUAUCAAACAUUGAAGUGGCAUAUGCAUUUCAGCCAGAUUUUGCUGAGUCAAUCAUCAACAAUUCUAUCGCUAUAGGACGAGAUGCAACAUUUACCUGCCAUGUUCGACAUUUAGGAGGGUAUCGGGUGGGAUGGUUAAAAGCUGAUACUAAAGCUAUUCAAGCAAUACAUGAGCACGUUAUUACACACAACCCAAGAGUGACGGUAUCACAUGCUGAUCAAAAUACUUGGAAUUUGCACAUCAAAUCAGUCACUGAAGAAGAUCGAGGAGGUUACAUGUGUCAACUUAACACAGAUCCAAUGAAAAGUCAGAUAGGUUACUUAGAUGUAGUUAUUCCACCAGAUUUUAUCUCCGAAGAUACCUCGUCAGAUGUCAUAGUCCCAGAAGGCAGUUCAGUGAAAUUAACAUGUAGGGCUAAAGGAUAUCCGGAACCUAUCGUAACCUGGCGGCGCGAAGACGGAACGGACAUAAUUCUCAAGGAUGCAGCAGGAUCGAAACAAAUUGUACCAUCAUACCGCGGGGAAGUUCUGAAACUGACAAAAAUUUCACGAAGCGAGAUGGGUUCUUAUUUAUGCAUCGCAUCCAAUGGAGUACCUCCUUCAGUAUCAAAGCGGAUUUCGUUGAGCAUACACUUUCAUCCUGUAAUACAAGUACCUAACCAACUUGUUGGAGCUCCUCUAGGAACAGACGUGACGAUAGAAUGUCAAAUAGAAGCAUCGCCUAAGUCAAUAAACUAUUGGGUUAAAGAUACUGGUGAAAUGCUCGUGUCCUCGCCUAAAUAUCAAGUGCAAGAUGUUACUAAAUCAUUAUAUGAAGCUAAAAUGUCAUUGACAGUGCGCUCGUUCCAAAAGGAAGACGUGGGCUCUUAUCGGUGCAUUGCUAAAAAUUCUCUCGGAGAAGUAGAUAGUAGCAUUCGACUCUACGAAAUUCCCGGUCGCAAUCGCAAAAUUUAUACAACAAAAUUCAGUAAUAAUGAAGUUACUAAAGACAGUUACAAGCAAGGGAAAUUAAAGGUAUCUUUUCCUCCAGAUGACGAAGAACAACAAUAUGGAUCUACAGAGGAUCUGAACGAUGUAUCGGAUUCAUCAAUUAAUAGCAAUAAACAAUCGAAUCUUCAAGGAAAAGCAGGAACCAUAAAGUUUAUUACGCCACGAAGCCCUAUUGAUCAUUCCAACAGUGUUAACGGAGUUGGUACCAGUGGAGGAUACGUGGGAGUGAAUGUGCAUUUAAACAAGCAAUUCCCUUCUAUUGACAUGGUUACUCGCAAUCCAUUUGUGAUACCGACAAUACGCACUGGAGUAGAUGGACCAGAUGGAAUCAGUGGUCACUCAUAUGGACAUUCAACUGCUUCAAAAAAUAGUUUAUCACUUAUUACCUCACUAUCUAUUAUUUUUUACCUUUUAGUAUCGCUACAAAUCAUUAUUCAAACAGAUUAACGAUUUCCCUGUAAUAAUAACAGAAUUCGGAGAAGAAGACGGUAUGUUUGAGUGUCUAAGAAGAUUUAUCACUCCCUGUAAAACAAAACACAAACAAGUAUACACUCAAAAUAUAGC